GCACAGGGCGAGCGCCCCAGCCUCUGCUGCCCGCCGGCCUCGGCUCCCGGACUCGCCCGCCCGCCUCGCACCCUUCUCGCCCGGCGGGACGCUGUCGGGGCCGACGGCUGGGCGGCCGCCCCCGAAGGAAGCCCUCCCUCGCCGCUGCUGCCGUGGCGUUCUCGGGGAUCCGGCGGGGCUCGUUGGCCGGAGGAGCGGCCCCAGCGGCGGCCCCAGGGGAGCAGACGCUAUGGGAACGAGCUUCUGGAUGCAAGGCAGGGACAGCCCCAUUCUUCUCUGACAUCGGAGGGAAGUGACCCGUUGCCUUCAGACGCGCGCUGUGAAAGUGCGGCCCUGGGAGAGCCAGGUUUGCCCGGGACGGAUGUCGUAGCGACAGCGGCCGGAGCCUGGGGAGGAAACAUGAAGCACUAGCCCCUCCCAAGGAAAGGGUUUCAAGAUGGCGGCUCAGCGGAUCCGCGCGGCCAACUCCAACGGGCUCCCGCGCUGCAAAUCCGAGGGGACGCUGAUAGACCUGAGCGAGGGCUUCUCGGAGACGAGCUUUAAUGAUGUGAAAGUGCCUUCCCCCAGUGCCUUGCUUGGUGACAAUCCUACGCCGUUUGGAAAUGCGAAAGAAGUGAUAGCAAUCAAGGACUACUGCCCUACCAACUUCACCACCCUCAAGUUCUCCAAAGGGGACCACCUGUACGUCUUGGACACCUCGGGCGGGGAGUGGUGGUACGCCCACAACACCACGGAGAUGGGCUACAUCCCCUCCUCCUACGUGCAGCCCGUCAACUACCGCAAUUCGACGUUGAGCGACAGCGGUAUGAUCGACAAUCUUCUGGACAGCCCCGACGAAAUAGCCAAGGAGCUGGAAUUGCUGGGAGGGGGCUGGACGGAGGAGAAGAAGGGGUCGAAUAAAGCCCACAAUAAUAACCCUUUCUGGAACGGGGUGCAGACAAACCCAUUUCUGAAUGGGAACGUGCCCCUCAUGCCCAGCCUGGAGGAAGCGGUCCCCAAGACCACGGUGGACUUGCUGCUUUUUGACACCGAGGUGUCCCCCCCUUCUUAUACCACAACCGGUUCGGUGACCGCCAACAGCGUCGGCAAUAUCUUUGACGAAUUGCCGUCCGCCAACCGGCUCUCCGAUGCCGAGCAACCCGUCAAGCGGGACAACCCCUUUUUCAGAAGCAAACGGUCGUACAGCUUAUCCGAGCUCUCCGUCCUCCAAGCCAAGUCGGAUGCCCCUUCGUCGUCCACGUUUUUCACCGGGUUAAAGUCUCCGACCCCCGAACAGUUUCAGAGCCGGGAGGACUUUCGGACCGCCUGGUUGAACCACCGAAAGCUGGCCCGCUCCUGCCACGAUUUGGACCUGCUCGGCCAGAAUCCCGGCUGGGGUCAGACUCAGCCCGUGGAGACGAACAUCGUGUGCAAGCUGGACACGUCAGGGGGGGCCGUCCAGCUCCCGGACACCAACAUCACCAUCCACGUGCCCGAGGGCCACGUGGCUCCCGGGGAGAUGCAGCAGAUUUCCAUGAAAGCCUUGUUGGACCCUCCCCUGGAGCUCAACAGUGACAAAUCGAGCACCAUCAGCCCGGUCUUGGAGGUGAAACUGAGCAACAUGGAGGUGAAGUCCUUCAUCAUCUUGGAGAUGAAGGUUUCGGCCGAGGUCCGGCAGGACGUCGUCAGCAAGAGCACCGUGGCCGUGCAGUGCUUGCGCAGCGACAUGAAGGAGGGGCCCUACGUGCCAGUCCCCCUGCUCUACAACUACGGCGACACGAUCCAGGUCCACCUGGAGAACCUGGAGCCUUGCAUGUACAUAGCCAUCGUGGCCCACGGACAGAACAUCCUGUACCCCUCCACCGUCUGGGACUUCAUCAAUAAAAAAAUCACCGUGGGGGUGUACGGGCCCAAACACAUCCAUCCCUCCUUCAAGACGGUGGUGACGCUCUUCGGGCACGAGUGUGCGCCCAAGACGCUGCUGGUGAGCGAGGUCACGCGGCAGGUCCACGGGACUUCUCCGGUGGCCCUGCAGCUGUGGGGCAAGCACCAGUUCGUUCUGUCCAGGCCCCAGGACCUCCGGCUGUGCAUGUUCUCCAACAUGACCAAUUACGAGGUCCGAGCCAGCGAGCAAGCCAAAGUGGUCCGGGGCUUCCAGAUGAAGCUGGGCAAGGUGAGCCGCCUGAUCUUCCCCAUCACCUCCCACGACCCCAACGACCUGUCCGACUUCACCCUGAGGAUCCAGGUGAAGGACGACCAGGAGGCCAUUCUCACCCAGUUCUGCGUCCAGACCCCUCAGCCCCCGCCCAAGAGUGCCGUCAAGCCUUCGGGACCCCGGAGGUUCCUCAAGAAGAACGAGAUCGGGAAGAUCAUCCUGUCCCCCCUGGCCGCGACCACCAAGUACCCGACUUUUCAGGAGCGUCCCGUGGCCAGCCUCAAGUUCGGGAAAUUGCUGAAGACGGUCGUGAGGCAGAAUAAAAACCAUUAUUUGCUGGAAUACAAGAAGGGAGAUGUCAUAGCCUUGCUCAGUGAGGAGAAGAUCAAGUUGAAAGGGCAGCUGUGGACCAAAGAAUGGUAUAUUGGGUAUUACCAGGGUAAGAUCGGACUCGUGCACACCAAGAACGUGCUCAUCGUCGGGAAGAUCCGGCCGUGCUUUUUCUCUGGGCCCGACCUCAGUACCAGCGUGCUUCUGGAACAGAUCCUGAGGCCCUGCAAGUUUCUGACAUACAUCUACGCCUCCGUAAGGACCUUGCUCAUGGAGAACAUCAGCAGCUGGCGCUCGUUCGCCGACGCCUUGGGCUACGUCAACCUGCCGCUCACCUUCUUCUGCCGGGCGGAGCUGGACAGUGAGCCCGAGCGCGUGGCCUCCGUCCUGGAAAAGUUGAAAGAAGACUGUAACAAUACUGAGAAUAAAGACAGGAAAUCUUUUCAGAAGGAGCUCAUGAUGGCCUUGUUGAAGAUGGACUGUCAGGGCCUUGUGGUCAGGCUCAUCCAGGACUUUGUGCUCCUGACCACCGCCGUGGAGGUGGCCCAGCGAUGGAGGGAGCUGGCCGAAAAGCUCGCCAAGGUCUCCAAGCAACAGAUGGAUGCUUAUGAAUCUCCCCACCGGGACAGGAACGGGGUGGUCGACAGUGAGGCCAUGUGGAAGCCUGCCUAUGACUUCUUAUUGACAUGGAGCAAUCAGAUCGGGGACAGCUAUCGGGAUGUCAUCCAGGAGCUUCAUUUGGGCUUGGACAAGAUGAAGAACCCCAUUACUAAGCGUUGGAAACAUCUCACGGGGACCCUGAUCCUAGUGAACUCCCUGGAUAUUCUGAGGGCAGCUGCCUUCAGCCCCAUGGACCAUGAAGACUUUGCCAUCUGAUAUGGGGGCUUUCAAAUCCCUUCUGCUGCUUUCUCUUUAUGAUGAAUGGCCUUCAGCCCAGGAUGGAACUGAACACGAAGAGCAGGCCAUGCGGUACAGACCAGAAUGCUCUGCUCCAGACCGGUACCAUGGCCAAGGACUAAGCAUCUCCUUAUUCUUUUCUUUCCCAUCCCAUUUCUCCCCCUUCCUCGCUAUUCUCCCGACCCAGGACCAUCCCGAAGAGAUUUUCUAUUGUAUAUUGUUGCCAAUCAAACGGACUUUCUACUUGUAAAGUAUAAAAUGAAAAAUCAUGUUUUUAUAGCUAUUUGGAGAAAACAUACAGAAUAUCUAAUUUUUUAACAGACAAAAGGAAAAAAGAUAAAACCACUGAUGAGGUGAGGUGAGGAAGAUAUGGACUUUUUUCAAAUGUAUAAAGUCUUUUUUUUUUUAAAUUAUGAUAUGCUUUGUUUUCUUUUGAUCUUGUAAAAUAUAUAUAUUUAAAAAAAUUUCUCUGCUUUUGACUCCCCUACCCAGUUUUGCAUUUCAGCUCCGUGAGGCUGACAAGACUCUUAAUCCAGCAUGAUUAGGCUAAUGGAGUGGAUUCCAGCUUCUAAGGUCCUGAGAGAGGGAAGUGAGAUCUUCUGAAAUGUCUUUAAUCCAAAGCCUGAUUUACCCUCAUUUGAGAACGGCCCAGGCUUUGUUCUUUGGGGUUUUGUACCAUCGGAGUUUUGUUCAUUUUGGGAUCUCUUAGGGUGCGAAUCAGCCGGUGAGCUUUAGCAGGAAGCUCUGCAGCUGACCUUAUCAUUGUGUUCCUGGCAAUCAGGAAGCAGCUGGGGAAAGAAAGAGCCACCUCAGACACAGUAGAGGGAUUGUGGUACCUAACUCGGUAUCCCUGCCCUAUAUUUGGCGUAAAGACGUGCAUCCCCUAUGGUUCACAGGCGUGGAUUACCCGGCAGGGAGGAGCCGCCGGAAUCUCUCUCCCCUAGACUAGGCAGGCAAAUCGGUCCUUAAGAAGCUCGUCACAUAAUCGGUGGAUGUGAUCGAGAGAAAAUCCUUCCUCUAGACUCUGGCUCUUUUUCCAAAUGCAGCAUCCGCGACCCUCCCUCACCACCAGUGUCCAUAGGCAGCCUAACCAGGACCGUCCCAUGGUCGUUCCUGGCUCUCCCUUUGGGAGUACCAUUUACCAAAUUAACGACACUUACUGGGCUCCUCUGGGAAUCCCGUUGGUUAUCGUCUUCUUUGUUCUUCCUGUGGGUCCCUGGAAAUAAUGGGGGUGAGAAGGGUUUUAGCGUAACGAGGAGAUGUAAUUUGGAGUGCAAAUAUUCUUUGACAAAGGAAAAAUGUUUACCCCACACAGCAAAAAUCAAGUCCCUGGGGAAAGAAGGGUUAAACCCACAAUAGAAGGAGUCCUUUGUGAAUUCUGAAGCGAACUAGGCUGAGUGUGUGUGCAGGCUGGUGGCGGGUCUCAGGUUCUGGUGAAUGGUGGCUGGGUCUAGGAAGGGAGAGGCUGGUCUCCAAUGGCCAGGGGGAAAGGGGAGGUGCCGAGGGGCCAGUUCCAGAAUCCAAGCAAUUGAUCCCUCUCCUGUCACAAGACCCAGCAAGCCUUGCUCCCCGAGCACCCACCCUCCCUCCUAAUCUGCUCUGCUGGGGUCGGCUUGUCUUGCUGCUGGACGCCAGUGGGAAGCCAGAGCAGCUGCUAUCGCAAUUGAGGAAAGUCUGCCCCAAACUAGUGCCAGCAGGGCUUUUCCUCUGUGAACCCUGCAGAUGUUUCCAAACAAGGAAAUUUGUUCCCAACUCAAAAUGAGAGAGAAGUCUCUGAUUGUCCCUGAGCAAAGCCUUCCUCUUCCCUGACGCGGCCCAGGACCUCCUGGGCUUCGGCUCGGAUCAGAGAGAAAACAAAAUGGCCGUUUGCACCUUAAACUCAUGUCUUUUCCUCAGGGGCUUUGAGUAGUUUCCUAUGCAACUUAACCUUGUAGCACAACCAAAAUUCACCAAGUUGCAGAAGCUUUUUUUGAAUGUUACAAACCUGUUGAGUGUUUUUUUUCCCCCUGCACCAAACCAAAAUCUAAAUAAAAUUCGAAUGAAUCA